ACGCUGUAUAGAUAGGCAACUUCGCAGAGCAGCAUUGCUCAGGUUACACCGCACAAAAACAAGCGCCUCAUUAUCCUUGGCCUACCGGAGAACAUCGACCAACUGGUAAAGCAUCCACCGGUACCAACGGACACUAAUGAUUCUGAAAAACAAAGCGGCCGCGGUGGUACAGUUGGCAGCCGAGCGGAGCGAGUGAACAGUCGAGGCUGAGCGAUGACAGACCUGGACGCGUCCGUGGUUGGGGAGCCCCCCCCGCCCUACAUAAUCUUCCUCCUGGUCUUCCUCUUCUUUGGCACGGGGCUGCUGGGCUUCCUGGUGUGCCACCUGCUGAAGAAGAAGGGUUACCGCUGUCGCGCUGGUGGGGAGGAGGACGAGGAGGAGGACGUGGAGGAGAAGCUACCUCUGCCUAACGACGAUGAUGAGGAGGAUAACCAGGACACUGUGGAGCAGAUUCUCAAGUGCAUCAUAGAGAAUGAAGCAAACAUGGAGGCCUUCAAGGAGAUGCUGGGUAACCAGAACGUCUGUGAACGACAUGACCCCAGGCUGCUUCGUAAGGAGUCACUGGGGGGCAUCCCUUCCCACCAUCACACGGUGCACUCAGGCAGCGAUCACAACUCCUGCCACCUGUGUGUCCAGGGGCGCUCCAAGAAGGCCCGGCAGCGCAGCCGGCCACCACGCCCCAAAGCCCGGCCUGGGGAACAGACGGUCUUCUCAGUAGGCAGGUUCCGUGUCAUACACACAGAUAAGAAAUCCAGCCUCCAGGGGUCCACCAACCUGCAAAGCGCCGAUUCAGGCGACCAGCUGGACCAAUCAGACGCCCAGGACAGUGAGAAGGGGGAGGAGCCCCAACAGAAAGAGGGGUACAACCUGAGGAACAUGUUUAAGGACAUGAAGCAGCCAGAGUCCACCAAUGGGGUGGUCCCUUCAGCCAUGAAGAGAAAGAAGAGCCUAACCCUGUUCUCCCUAAGGAGGGCGAGUGACCCCCAGGGGGCAAAGGUCACCAUACAGCCUAUGGUGAAGGAGGAGCGAUACCCUACCAGAGUCCCCCCACCCCCUCUCCUGGAGGAGGCAGAUCUCCUCAAGCAGACCUCUAGUCCUACAGCAUCCCAGGCCCCGACCUCUUCUCCUGCUCCUAAACUCAGCCCCACACCUGCCCUGGCCUCCACCCCUAGCCCCACACCUGCCCUGGCCUCCACCCCUAGCCCCACACCUGCCCUGGCCUCCACCCCUAGCCCCACACCUGCCCUGGCCUCCACCCCUAGUCCCACUCCUGCCCUGGCCUCAACGCCUAGUCCCACUCCUACUCUGGCCUCCACCCGUAGCCCCACACCUGCCCUGGCCUCCAUUCCUAGUCCAACACCUGCCCUGGCCUCCACCCGUAGCCCCACACCUGCUCUGGCUUCAUUCCCUAGCCCCACACCUACACUAGCCUCAACCCCUAGCUCCAAAAACCGAAGUCCUACCUUAGGCCAUGGCAGUACUACCCAAUCCUUGUCUCUCACCCCAACCUCUCCCAGAUUACUAGCCCCCAGCCCUCCCUCUGCUCGCAGCCUCUCCCCUGCCUCACCUCCUGCCCCAGCCUCAUCCCCUGCCUCUGCCAAGUCACUCCCUUCCCAUAGUUCAGCCUCUGCUCACAGCCUGACCCCAGGCACACCACAAUCCCCAGCCUCCUCCCCAGUCCCAGCCUCCUCCCCAGCCCCUGCUUCCUGUCCAGCCCCUGCCUCCUUCCCAGCCCCAACUUCCUCUCCAGCCCCUGCCUCCUUCUCAGCUGCUGCCCCUUCCCCAUCCUCUGCCUCUAACCGAUCCUUAGCCUCAACCCUAAGCCCGACCCAAGUCCCCCCACCCCCUCUCCUGGAGGAGGCAGAUCUCCUCAAGCAGACCUCUAGUCCUACCGCAUCCCAGGCCCCGACCUCUACCCCUUGUCCUGCUCCUAAACUCAGCCCCACACCUGCCCUGGCCUCCAGCCCUAGCCUCACACCUGCCCUGACCUCCACCCAUAGCCCCACACCUGCUUUGGCCUCAUCCCCUAGCCCCACACCUGCACUGGCUUCAUCCCCUAGCCCCUCACCUGCCCUAGCCUCAACCCCUAGCCCCACAAACCUAAGUCCUACCUUAGGACAUGGCAGUACUACCCAAACCUCUCCCAGAUUACUAACCCCCAGCCCUCCCUCUGCCCGCAGCCUCUCCCCUGCCUCACCUUCUGCCCCUGCCCAGUCACUCCCUUCCCAUAGUUCAGCCUCUGCUCACAGCCUGACCCCAGGCAUACCCCAAUCCUCAGCCUCCUCCCCAGUACCAGCCUCCUCCCCAGCCCCUGCCUCCUCUCCAGCCCCUGCCUCCUUCCCAGCCCCAACUUCCUCUCCAGCCCCUGCCUCCUUCUCAGCUGCUGCCCCUUCCCCAUCCUCUGCCUCUGACCGAUCCUUAGCUUCAACCCUAAGCCCGACCCCAGCCACUCCCCCGGCUCCAGCCUUUUCCUCUACAUCUGCCCCUGUCUCUCCCAGGCUAAAGCUGGACACCAAGCUGGCCUCGGCCAGAGUCUCCCCCAGUCUCAGUAGAGCCUCCCUCACCCCCAUCACCCCUGAAAAACCAGACCUCCAGGCCAGGAGCAGCUCCAGAGCCCAGGACUACAGACGCUCCCCCAGCCCUGGUUCAUACAGCCCUGGAUCUCCCAUCCCUGGGAGUGGAUCUGCGGCCAGGCCUGGUCAAAGGAGCGGGGUGGAUCAGGGGCUCGAAGGUGUGAGUCUGGCCUCGGAUCUGGUUGGCCUGGCCUCCCCAAGUCCAGGGGAGGAAGGGGUAGGCACGUUCACGUCUGGGAAACUCCCCCAUACUUCUGGGAUGCCUCCAGGCAGACAGCCUCCGUCCCAUGGCUAUCCUGCCUCCCCCUCUUCCCCCCUGGUGGGCAGUGUGACCAUUGUCAAGGCCAGCCCAGACAGCACCAGGGAGUUCUCUGUGUUCCGCAUGGUGGAGCUGGAGGAGGAGGGGUCUACUGGGGGGAGGGAGGGGCUUAGCAGGGGGAAGAAGGAGCUUUGCAUGGAUCAGCGGGAGGAGCCUGUUAAAGGCGAGGGCCUUUCAGGGAUGGACUUGAAGUCCUCUACGAAAAAACAGGAGCCGUCUGCUCUGACACCAGCAACGAGGGAGAAGAUUCCAGAGGCUCUUGUGGAGAGUCCUGGAGGAGAGGGGGAGGGGCUGCAGAUGGAGGACAUUAGAGGCUGCAGGGUGAGUCAGGGGGAGGAGCCUGAGUCCGUGGAGGAGAAGAGGAGCUCAGUGCUCACUCAGCAGAACAAGUUCUGAGGCUCGGUCUGACAGACACCUCGGCUCGCCCAAUCACACUGUCCGCUCACUGCGGGGGAGAGCAGAGUCUGCAGCAGGGGGAGGAGGGAGAGACAUGAGGCCUCUCUCCCUGACCACAGCCGAGGAGGUGAGGGAGGUGCCUUGCAGUAGGUUUGGGGAGAUGAAGAUGACAAACUUUAAGCCAAAUUCCCGACAUGGGAAUGAUAAAGUGACGAGUGAAGCCUAGCACUUCAAUGGAACAUUAUAACAGAUAUAUUAGGACAGCAGCAGCCAUAUUGGCCACAGCACAACUCCAGCCAGAGAGGGAAUGGCUGACUGGUCAUUAACAGACUAACACAGCUUCGCACCAGGCUCCCAACUGACUGGAUCUAGCAGGCCCCCAGGCUCUUAAAGAACCAGGAUCAGUUAGCCUGUGAUACACCUAAAUAUGUUUGUGUAACAGUGGUGUCCAGGUAAUUGACACCUGACCAUUAGAAAAUAUAACAAGCAACAGACCCAGCUAGCUGUAUUGUACUACAGACCCAGCUAGCUAUACAGUAUACUCCACACACCUGGUUGCAAUAUAAUACACUUCAGAACCAGAUGGAGUACUAUUAAUCUACUUCAUUCUACUCUGCUCUGUUCUGCUAUACUCUACUAUAGUAUAUUUUAUUCAAUUCAAGUCUACUAUAGUCUGCAGAGCUACCAGCUCUGGACUCUUCUCAAUGACCAACCUUUAAAAAAGAAACAAUCAAUCAAAUGUUUUACUAUGUAAAUGGACAACAACAAAAAACAAUGUGAUGUGAAUACUAUACGUCUGUGUGUAAACAUUACCAUCAUGGGCUAUUUCUCCUCUAUAACCUACUGGAUCACAGCCACUAACAGCUUCAGUCUAGCUCUCUAUCAAAGCCAUCUGAAACAACCGGCUAGGUUUUCUGGACAUCUUCAUUCUACCUCUUCAUCAUCCAACCGUGUACUAGCCUACCCUGCCUCUGCAGAACAAUCAUGCUUUAUUCAAUGCUGUGUCAGUGAAGACUGAAAAAGGACGAAACGCAAGCGCUGGCCUGAUCGGCCACACCCCUCUGUUUCCCUCUCUUUUAUCCAAGCUUAAAACUAAGCCAUGUUAUUAUUGUUCAAUUAGGACAGUAAGCUUUGAGACUUUUGGAUAUUGUUUGAAGUUACAUUGUCGCAAACAGUAGGAGUGACCGACCCCCCUGGGAGGAGCUCCCAGGAACACCAGAGUGAAAACAACCACUAAAGAAGAUGGGACAUCUGCAUUUGGAAUAUUCUGAGUCGAUUGUGCUCUGUCUCCCCCUGCUGUUCACCACCACGCCUCACACCCCCAAACACCACACCAACCCUUUCCUGUCCUUCGUAUGCACUUUUAGCCACAUGAGCAAAAAGACAGGGAUUUAAUAACACGCCUCUAUGAUAUGAGGCAGUGCUAUGUGGGAUGAGGAAGACACUUAUACUGAGACUGACCUAGGCAGGUGUGUGUGCUAGUGAAGAGAAUAUGGUUGAGGAUAUUCCUGGCUUUUACUUGACCUAAUACGAAUAAUGUGAAACUCCUGAAUUCUGGAUCUUGUCUGGUCAGGCCAGCUUCCUUGAAGACCGCAUCUUAAGACCUGCUUUGUAAACACAUAUUAGAAAACAUGGCGUCUGUAGUUACCUGCCAUGCAUCUCCAAGAGAAAAGACAAUAGUUUGAAAAAAACUAUUUUUGUUACUGAGUCACAGAGCAGUUUCACAUGCUUCACAGUUUCACAACUGUUCUUCAAGGGGCCAGACACCAGACUUGAUCCAGCACUGAAUAUACUCUAAAGCCCUCUAAAGAUCACUAUAGGAUUGUUUGUGUAAUCAUUUAGAGAUAUGAUUAUUCUCAUAGGAAUAGUAUAUACAGGUCUACAUAUUAUGACACAAUUAAACUAACUAUCAUGAUAUUUAUGACAUAAUAUCAUACUUUGUUGUACUGGUGUGAAACUGAUCAACUUCCUGGUCACUUCACAAUCUACUCACCAGCAGAAGUCUGUGAGAGGCCUGUACGAAGCACAGGCAGGACUGAAGAUCUCACACCCUCUGACUAUAUGACUAGGCAGAACAAAGCACACAAACCAACCAAUCAGCCAUAAACACGUUCUCUCAAUUCAGGCAGCGGUGCUUCAUGUAAACUGAUACCAGGGUCUGUCUUGUCUUCUCUUUCUAUCUCUUGCUACAUCUCUUUCACUGUCUGUCUUUCUCUCUCCCUCUGUCUGUUCUCUCUCCUCACAGUGACCAUAUGACUGACUUGUCACCUAUAUCUUCCAACACUCCUCUAGUACACUUCAGUAGAAUCUCUAUUUAACCCUUUGUUUUUAACUAGUGGCCUUACAACCACUAUUCUGCAAGAGUUCUGACAGACAUGAACACAACCUGUACAUAGUAAUAUGACACACCUGCUACGAAGUAAAUCCCUAUCCGACAAUGAGCAAUUCUGUUUCUUGCAAUGUGAAAAAAUGCAGCUGUAUAAAGAGAUAAUUCUUCUGGAAUAAGAAUCUAUAUUAAAGCUAUGCAUUUGA